GCACUCAGGAAGCUGCUGGCUGCUGGCCUUCACAACUAACUCUCUCUCUCUCUCUCUCUCUCUCUCUCUCUCUCUCUCUCUCUCACUCACUUUCUCCCUCCCUCUUCUCGGUCCUAGUGAUCCCCAAGUCCUUGUAGCCUUGAAAGAACCGACACGCAGUAGAAAGCUCCGCUGUCGCUGCUGCAAGCUCCCCCCCCCCCCGCCCCAUUCCCCAACUCCUCCCCAUCCCUCCUAGCCAAGGAACCUCGCACCCCUUCCCCCUGCUACAAACCAACCCCUUCCCCCCACCCCCCGCAACCAUUGGGCAUCACCCGCCAGCCUACAGCCUCAUCACCAACCAGACCCUAGCUAACUUUCCCUCGGUGGACAGGGAUGAACAGAGCAGGCCAGUCACAGAGAAAUGGAAACUUGGAAACUCAACUUUAGUGUAUAUUUUUAAAUUUAGGGUUUUUUUUGGGGGGGUGAGUGGGGGAGAGAAUGAGCUGAUGCCCUGGGGGCACCUCUGUCUCUUACACGUGCACAUGCUGCGAAGCCAACACGCCCCCCAGCACCAAGCACCUCGGCUGGGUUUUGCUGCCCCAUUCCUCAACUUGGAUGGAAGUUUGCAUUUCCAAAGGCCAAACCCUUCAAGCGUGCUGAAGUGCUGGGAACCAAAGUUGCUGUCUUAGACUCAGCCCCUUGCGAGCAGGGCUGUCAUUCUCGCUGGUGGAGAGGCAAGAGAGAGGCAGCCUGGGGAAAGGAAAAAUGCACGUUGAGCUUUGUUGUGGAAAUCCUGGUUACCUGGCAUAAAUCCUACACCAUGGAUAAUUUACUGGACUUGGCCUGAAAGGAGUCACCAGUGCCACUGGAUUUAUUGACCCCUAGCCACUGGCUUUUCACAAUGAAUGGAAGGUCAUGCAGCAUGAAUCUUCACCGUACAUCAGGCACUCCACAAGGGCCAGGGAUGAUCAGUGGCCAGCACAUUCCCCCUGUCAGAGUUCCAUCAGGGACAUCUUGCCCAUCAUCCAAUGGUAGUACUCCUAGCCCUGCUGUUGGAAGCCUCCAUCUCAAGCUGCCCUCAGGAGGAGGGGUAGCUCCUCAGAGCAACUCAGCUGAUAGCCCUAUUCACCUUCCAGCAUUGAGCCCCAGGAGACAAGUGGUUACCAAUGGGAAACCUCUGUUCCAAGUCCCCCAAGGGCCAGGAAUGUCAAUGCCACAUUCUUUGAAGCCAAAACAACAAGAAUUUGGAAACCCCUUUCCAACAAAUCCAGGGAAAGGGGGUCUUGGCUAUGGACCUCAGUGCAAGUCCAUUGGAAAAGGCAGCUGCAACAAUCUAGUGGUCACCAGCAGCCCCAUGAUGGUUCAACGGCUGGGACCCAUAUCACCUCCUGCAAGCCAGGUCUCUACAGCAUGCAACCAGAUCAGUCCUAGCUUACAGAGAGCAAUGAAUGCAACCAACAUGAAUAUACCUCCUUCAGAUACCAGGUCCCUCAUGUCACGGGAGUCUUUGGCAUCCACAACUUUGAGCCUAUCAGAAAGUCAGUCAGCGUUGAGUGUGAAGCAAGAAUGGUCCCAUGGCUACAGGGCUCUUCCUUCCCUUCAUUCCAACUCAGGCUCUCAGAAUGGCAGUGAUCUAGGAGACUUACUUAGCAUCCCACCUGGGACAUCUAUGUCCAACAAUAGUGUCUCCAAUUCAUUACCAUCUUAUCUCUUCGGCAUGGAAAACAGCCACUCUCCUUAUCCUAGCCCCAGACAUUCUUCAACCAGGUCUCACUCAGCCCGUUCUAAGAAGAGAGCCCUUUCCCUUUCCCCUUUGUCUGAUGGCAUUGGCAUUGACUUCAACACAAUCAUCCGGACUUCCCCAACAUCCUUAGUUGCCUAUAUUAAUGGUUCCCGGGCAUCACCUGCCAAUAUCUCCCCACAACCAGAGGUCUAUGGGCAUUUUCUAGGAGUUAGGGGUAGCUGUAUUCCCCAGUCAUGUUCUAUUCCAAGCACUCAACGAAGUCUUCUGGUGACAAGUGGCAGUCUCACCAUCCCUGCCUACAAUGAGAAUGGGGUGGUAGAGUACCAGCGCAUGCAACAGCUGGAGCAGAACAGCUUACAGUCAGCAAUUAUGAACAACAUGGUGGUACAGCAAGGCCUGCCUGUUUCAGAGGGACAAUCAGCUGGUUUAUUAAAAAGUGAACGCUUGGAUGACUUUCCAGGUAGUGCCAUUGAUAUUCCUCCUCCCCCUCCACCUCCUCCUUUGCCAGCACCACCACCACCACAAGGGCCCCCACCACCUUACCAUGCCCAUCCGCACCUUCACCAGCCUGAGCUCAUUCACCAUCCCCACCCACUUGCUUUGCCACCUUCUGCCCAAGGUCCCCAUCAAGAAGAGGAUGGAGAAUUAGAUGAUUUUAAUGGAAAACACUGCUGUCGCUGGAUUGAUUGCAGUGCAACAUAUGAUCAGCAAGAGGAGCUUGUACGGCACAUAGAGAAAGUUCACAUAGACCAGAGGAAAGGAGAGGACUUUACAUGUUUUUGGGCUGGUUGCCCUAGAAGAUACAAGCCAUUCAAUGCCCGAUACAAACUGUUGAUCCACAUGAGAGUCCACUCAGGAGAGAAGCCAAACAAGUGUACGUUUGAGGGCUGCAAGAAGGCCUUUUCAAGGCUAGAAAAUCUCAAGAUUCACCUAAGAAGCCACACAGGAGAGAAACCAUACCUGUGCCAGCAUCCAGGAUGUCAGAAAGCCUUCAGUAAUUCCAGUGAUAGAGCCAAGCACCAGAGAACUCAUCUGGACACUAAACCUUAUGCAUGUCAAAUUCCAGGAUGCACCAAACGCUACACAGAUCCAAGUUCCCUAAGAAAGCACGUCAAGGCACAUUCUUCCAAAGACCAACAGGCAAGAAAAAAGCUGCGGUCAAGCAUGGAGCUCGAUCAAGAUAUCUUCAAUAAUUGCCUCACCAUUCAGCCUCUCCAACCUACUACUUCCCCACAGGAUGUUGCCGAUGGUACCAUGGGAAGAUCUCCAGGAUCUGUCCACGACAUCUAUUCAGCCACGAUUUUCUCCAGCACUCACUCAAGCCGGAGUGGAACAGCUGCUGGGGCUGGGCCUCCCCCACAUCCCGUCAGUCACCCUUCUCCGGGACAUAAUGUACAGGGGAGCCCCCACAACCCCUCCUCCCAGUUACCUCCUCUCUCGGCUGUGGACUCAGGAACUGAAAGGUUUGCCCCUUCUGCUCCAUCUCCUCACCAUAUCAGCCCCCGGAGAAUGCCAGCCACCACUACAGUCAUGCAGAGACCACCACCUUCCCAUGUUCAGCAGCCAGCAGGAUCACACUUGAAGUCAUACCAGCCAGUAACAAGUUCUUCUUUUCAACCAAAUGGCAUCCAUGUCCAUGGGUUCUACGGGCAGCUGCAGACAUUUUGUCCCCCGCAUUACAGUGAUCCUCAAAGAAACAUGGCCCAUGGCAACUCCUGCAAUAUGGUGCCUUCCUUUGAAGAUUGCCUCGUCCCAGCAUCCAUGGGUCAGGCAGGAUUCGAUGUUUUCCAUCGAGCUUUCUCCGCUCAUUCAGGCAUCACAGUGUAUGAUCUACCAUCAGGUCCCACCGGCAUCUUUGGCGAGUCUCUCCGAAAUGGACCUGAAGAUGCCACCUUCCUACAGAUCAGCGCCGUGGAUCGCUGCCCCAGCCAGCUCUCUUCGGUCUAUACUGAAGGCUAAAAGCCACCCAGGCAUCUAAUGCUCAUCCCCAAAACCUCUGCUUCGAAUCCCCUUCCUUCCAUCCCAGUCAGGACCCUCAGUGCCCGGGUGAGCGCAGCCCAGGGGCACAGAAGGAUCCUUGCAAAAGAGGGCUGGGAGAUGCAGGUCCUCACCAAGCCUCCAGAACGUCAGCAGGCGUGCCUCUUUCUCCUUUGGUCUGCUGAGUCUUGGGACAGCCCAACUAUCUUUUCAAAGACUGAAUGAGAAAGUGGCUGUUGUUGGGAGACUGUUCCCAUGGAACCACUGAAAUCAUGAAAGAAAAAAUUCAGGCUUGGUUUGGGGACAAUCCUCUUUUCACACAAGAACAUAGAGGCACAGUACAAGCCUCUUAAGGCACAGAGCUAUGCCAGGCACACAGCUCUGUGGUGCUUCUGCAGCUAAGCAAAGCCAAACACAAAAGGGAAAAAAAUAGAGCUUCUGACAGAUGCCUUUGGAGGCACCACCUCCCAGAAGCCCUCCAGGGAUGCUACCUGGCUCCAGGAUCUCCAGCAAGUUUGGUUCAGCUCUCCCAUUUUAUACCCACAGGCUUACCAGUAGUUUGCUUUUUUACUAUUUUUCUAAUUACAUUAUUUUAUGCAGUGAAUAAAAAUAAUCUGCCAAGUACAGUGACUUGAAAGACAAUUUACUUUCAUCCCAGCUAAUUCUUCCACUUAUAAGAAUUAGGGCACCUUUUUGUCACUUAAAAAAAAGAAAAAACAAACAAGCAGGAAAAAAAAAACCAACAACAACUUUUCUGUGGCCUCUUUCUGGCAAAGCCAAAUAAAUAAAUAAAGCACUCCUACUUGUAUUUCCUCAUCCUUUAAAAUCCUGCCCACACAGACCCAGCAGUGCUUGGAAGUCCUUUGAUCUUUCAGUUUUAUAGUUAGCAGAGGAUGAGUGGCUGAAUUAUGUUAGAUGUGCUCCUCCAGCACUGAAUGCAAAGUCUUAAAGCUGAUUUAGUUCAGUAAGCUUUGGGCCUCCCACUCCAAGGAACUUGUGCCAAGAGAAGGGCUACAAAUUGAUAAAUUAAAUCCUAUUUCAGUGCUCUGGCCAGGUGAGACAUUGGCAGACCUUUGGCUCCAUUGAGGCAGUCUGGGGGAUGUGAGAGGAAAGAGGGAGGUUCCAGAUGUGGUAGAGGAGGAAGUUAAUGGGGGUUGAGGUGAACAGUUACUCUGUUCUCCUCCCUCCUCUUUUAGCCUUGCACUGUUCUCUUUGUUCUUGGUUCUUCCUUUUCCCCUCCUCUCCAUCUCUUCCCCACUUAUGUGUAUCCUCCUCCAACCCCAGUGCUGGUCCAGACCCAAUCCACCCUAACACCUAGCUCCAAACUCUGGAGAGAUCUGCUAGGAAACCAGUUAAAAGUGGCAAUGAAGGAGAUUUGAGACCUGGAAUACAGAUUGAGGGACGAAAGAGAGAUGGGAAACCACCAUUUCUGAAAUGCUAGCUUGGCAGCCCAGAAUUUAAGUUGUACUCUAGGUUGGUAUAUAGAUCUUGAGACUAGAUGGAAAGCCACUAUUUUUUAUAUUUUUUAAAGCUAGCAUGUUCUGGGGCAUAAGACUACCAGAACGUUGGACAGGCACUAAUGGUCAUCCUGAUGUCAUGAUAUUUAAAGGUUAAAGCUACCUUUCCUUUUUUAUUAAUAAUAGCAGAAGGGAAAUAACCUUGUUGGCAAAACCAUUAAUAAUAGGACAAUAAAGAAAUCUGGUGUUGUGCAUAAAAUCAUGGGUAAUUUCAAAUAUGACUGAAUGAUUUGUGAGUUUCAGUAGCAAAUCCUUCCCUAGAGGAUUCUGAACUCCAGGCCCAAAUGCAAGUCAAAGGAUGAAUCAAGAGCAGAAUAUCUGUGUCAGACUAUACUAGAGGUGUCAAACAAAUGACCCAUGUGCUCGUUUGCUGCAAUAUAGGUACUUGAACCAGAUUAAAACGUAAUUGGGAAUUAUUUAACAAAAUAUGUAAAAUUACAAUAUAGCAUAUAAAAUGUUUCUCAGGUAAUAUAUGACCUGCAGGAAUCUUUAUGCAUGGCUUAAGGUUUAGUAGCCAGUUUCUAUUUGAAUUUGAUACUGCUGGUCUACACUAUGGACCCAGAUGGAAUUAAUUUCUCUGUACACAGAUGGGCUCUACCAUAAGAAAAAUCAGUAAACAAAGUUUCAAAUUUAUGAGAGCUUGAGAAGCAAUUACUUUGUUUUAUGUAAAAUUACUCCAUUUUCAUGAUAUUUAAGAAGCUCCUUUAUACAUUUAAAAUAUAAUUUAAAACAAAAAUAGUUAGAACUGCUUUGCACAUUUUCAAGAGCCCAUAAAUCACCAGGUUGGCAAGUAUUAAUUCAGCAUCUCCUAGGUUCCAGUUUUAUGCUAGGUGCCAGGAAUACAAAGGCAAAAAUAAAAUAUUACAUGCCCUCAAGAAACUUAUACUCUUUGUGGGGAGUUAAUAUAUCCAUACCCAUUUUGUACAAUGUAUAGUAAAAGUGAGUAUGGUAAAAAUUGACUCUUUUGAGUCAAAAUCAUCCUGAUAUUUGAUCCUUUGUCAAACUCAGGUUAAAACAGAAAAUUGCUUUAGAAUCUUCACAGGUAAUCCAUUAAUUCUAAUCUCUGGAGCAUUCAUGACAUUCAAAAUACGUAGAAUUUAUUUGUAUAAAGAAAGGAGAAAAGGGGAUAUAUUGGGUGAAACAGUUCAUAGACUGGUGAUGCUACCAGUUAAUCUCAGUGUCAUAGCAUGUGGCUAUAGCGUUAAUCCUAAUAAGAAGGGGGCAGGAGGUGAAGCAGAAAAAUUUGAGGAUGAAUAUCAAGAAUCGAUUCUAAGUGCUGGCAUCCCACGUCCAGUAACAUUAUGCCUUCCUAGGAAGACAUAUUUGGUUCUAUGACCACUAGUGUCAUUUCUAGCCCCUCUUUAGGAACUGACACCCCAUCACUGGCACCUGCCAGGAAAGAGGCUAAGUAGGUAGUGAUAGCUUAAACCAUUGUUCACCUCUCCUAACCCCACAGCAUUUAUGGCGUGAAAGCUACUUAGAAAAGGGGCCAUGGAGGUAAAAUCAGGGAUUCCAGCUAGGUGACUGAGUAGAUAGAGUGCUGGACCUAGAAUCAGGAAGACAUGAAUUCAAAUCUGGUUUCAGACAUUCAUUAGUUGUGUGACACCGGGGCAAGGCAUUUAAACUCUGCCUCAGUUUCUUCAUGUGCAAAAUGGAGGUUAAAAUAGCAAUAUCCUUCUUGUCAGAGAAAGUGAGAUUCUUUUGGAAGUACUUUAUAAUACUGUUACUAUUAUUGAUUUAUAGAAUCCUAGACCAGUGGUUCUCAACCUUUCUAAUGCCGUGACCCCGCAAUACAGGUCCUCAUGUUGGAGUGACCCCAAACCAAAAAAUUAUUUUGGUGGCUACUUCAAAACUGUAAUUUUGCUACAGUUAUGAUUCGGAAUGUAAAUACCUGAUAUGCAUUAUGUAUUCUCAUUGCUACCAAUUGAGAGGUUGAGAACCGCUGGUCUAGAACAUCUUUUAAAAUGAUUUUGGAGAUCAUGUAAUCCAGCUUCCUUUGUAGAUGAGCAUAUUGAGACCAAGAGAUAUUAAGUGACUUGCUUGAAGUCACCCAGGUAAUUAGUGGCAAAAUCAAUACUUGAACCAAAGUCUUUUGAAUCCUGGGUCAUUCUUUCCAUUACACCAUAGAAGGCAAGCCCAACGUUGUCCAUUCUUCCCCUGUCCCUGCUCUUGACUCACCCUCACAAUAUAUCAUCGGAUAAAUGGGAAGAGUAAGAGAGUGGGUAACACUGUGUAACAAUCUCCCAUUUCCACUCAAGUCUCUGUGUCAUCCCUUCCCAGGGAUCCAAAUCCUAGCCCUGCUUUAGAUGGUAUGUCUUGUUUACCUAAGUAUCUGCAGGAAGUGUGUAUGUGCUUUCAUUAUUAUUCUGGUAUUAUUGUAAGCUUACUUCAGGAAAUUGUUCCCUAUCCAUUUUUAGCUUAUUAUGUAACUUUUCUGGAAUAGCUUAAUGGGGAUUUCUUUCCCCUGUAUUUUUCUUUUCUAUCUCUCUCUCUUUUUAAAAAAGAGGUGCUUGUGAAAACACACACAUACACACAGUUCAAUGCCAGUUAUCUGAUGGUAUUAAAAGCAACAUGCCUUGAAAACAUUUUGUUUGCUGCGUUAUCUUAAUUCUCAAAAAAAGGAUUAUAUCCAAAAGGCUGCUACAGUUUAGAUCCAGAUCCAAUCUGAUCUAAAUCCUCACCAGCCCUUCAUUUAUCUCUCUUUGCCUUCUUUUCCAAGUAUCACAGAGCUAACUCAAUGGUUGCAAAAGGACCUCUCUACUGGAGUACAGUAGUAAUCUCGCUUGCGGGGUUAGGGAUGGCUAAUCAUGAGGAAAUUUAAAAACUUCGUCAUAAGACCAAUUUCUCAAGGGUGGGAAUGUUGCCCUCAUUUGCCUGAGAUCAUCACUCUAUCUUGAUUGCCUUGAAGGCUUAGAAAUAAUGACUUUGUCAACAUUCAGUGCAUUGUUUGGGAUUUUUGUCCUACUCUUGACCACGUAAAUUUGUUGCAGCAUUUUUUUAAAAUGGCACUUUUGGUUGUUGGUAUGGAAUUUGUGUGGCUAUUAUUUUGUUUUCUAAGAACAGCUUAUAGCAGAGAGACACACACAGGAAAAUAAUGGUGUGUGCAAAAAAAAAGAGAAAAGAAAAGAUUUAUUUUGUACAGACAGCAAAGCAUCCUGUGUAAUGUUGCUUACACAAAGCACUUUGGAGGAAAAGAAGUGGAAAUCUGUUUUCCAUAACUCAUACAGACUCUUGUACAUAGUUAUAUAUGCUCACAUAUAGAUAUGAACUGCAUAUAUCAUACUGUAUAUCGGGCUGAUUCUACUCUAGUGCCACAUCUGGUGCCUAUUGUCGUAAAUCUUUUAAAGAAUUAGGUACUUUUUUCUAUUAAUAUGUAUAGUUUUGUGAUUUGUCACAGUUAUGUUUCAUAUAAUCAUAAGUUAUUUUGUCUUGUUCCAUGAAGUCCUUUUUUUAUGUCAAAGGUAAAAUGAAGGGUUUGUGCACUUGGUACAAAAUAAAACUGGAAAUGUAUAACAA